UGACAUAAUGGAACGAAACAAUUCAAACAACUUAUAUUACGUUCAACAAGCAACAAUUUUAGAGCAGAAAAGUUCAAAUUCACCCGUGCAAGAAGCCUGUAUGAGAGAGUUGAGGCAACUUAUUUCGGUGACUCUUGAAAGUAACAAGUUAAAUCUACGAAAACUGCAACAAGCAGCAAACGAUUUUCGUUUAUGUGCGAAGACAUUCAAAAUUUGUGACGUGGAGUUGCAACAGAGUUUUCUGAUACAAGCUGACAACAAUAGAACCCCCUAGUUUAAUUCGAUCCCCUAUGUUCGUUUUAUUUUACUUUGAAGAAUGCAUUCCCUUAGUAUUCUUCUUACUUCAGGAACAGGGCUGUUGCUAGAUUGAGAGCUACUGUAACUUGAUUGGUACCAGUAAUCCAUAAAUUUGGUUUCGAAAGAAAGAUGAUGUACCAAGCUUCAAUGCGCAUGCCAGACAUGGUUU